GUCCUGAAAUCUCUGAGGAGCGUACCUCAGAAGGCCCGCUUGAGUCACUGAAAAAUAUGCUUUUCAAGCUCCAGGACAUGGCAUCAUUGCAUAAGGUGGAAUCAGGAGGAGGGACUAAAUCACAGCAACUUAGGGAGCCUUUGUCAGGAGGAGGCAAGAAGAAUAUAACGAGGCCUUCAGCGACUUCCACUGGUGGAACGUCAACUAGACAUCUUGCUUCAUCAAUCAAACAUCCAUCUCCACCAUCAUUGUCAUCAUCACCACCAUCAGUACUCCAUGGGGAUGGAGAAAAAGAUGCAACAUUCUCAUCAACAUCCCAGAGCCGCAUCGUCAAGAGUGUGUCCUUUCAAAGUCAGAAGAACUUUGAGGAGGAGCCGGGAGGACAGUCUUUGCAAAGGGCAAUGAAACAUCUGAGCAGGUUGAAAACUCUGGUUGCCAUAGAUACAGCAUCCCCAUCGUCAUCACAGGCAGCAAGGGCAUCUUCUCUGUGAACUUCAAUAACGAGGCUCUCCCUCUCCUAGAGGCUGUGAUCGUGAUCUGAGAGAAUUUCGUAACGAGAAAUGAUAUCACUGUGUGUGAAGUAUCAAGGUGACACUGCAAUGUACAUGCAUUUAUAAAGACCGGUUCACUAACACAUUCAAAUUCUAUGUAUACAAAAAAUGGUUGUUCUUGACAACCUGAAAUAUUGGCUUGGUUUGCCUGACAUAGCAACAAGUAUAGUAUGUUGACUGGAUUUCAAGAAUUGUCAGGGCAUUCAUUAAUUACAGGUUAAUGGAAUAACAUGUCACUGGGAAAGAAACAUCCAUAAAUUUGAAUAUGGUAGUAAACCAGACUUAUAUUGCAUUAUGUGGAAAGGCUGAACUAUUUAUAUUUGUAUGCUGAUAUUCUGCAGCAUCUCUGAGAGCUAGAUUAAUUAAUUAAUAGACAUUUUUCCUUCAAGAAAGAGUCAGCGCCCCUCUGGCCCUCAACAGAUGAUACAUACAGUUUACAAAUGAAUUAUCUAUACCCUUACUAAGUUUUUGUAAUGUUUUUGUACGGUAUGUGAAAAUUGAAUACUCCCAAAUUAUGUUUCUUCAGAGUGGGACAUAUUAAUAUGUUGAUUCACAUGUUGAUACCAUACUUACAGUACAAUUUGUCUCCAGUUAAGUUUUUUUCCUUCACGUUUUCAUAUCCUUUUUGGUUGUUGCUGUUAGUAAAAAGUUGCUUAAGUAGAUUUUCCUUUCUUUACCUUUCAUGUAAAAGGAUUUUAUUGUUUUCUUUCAUAAAGCUAAUGUACUUUUUACAAAGGUGUAUUAAUUGAUAUAGAUUGACAAAGAUGUAUUAAUUGAUAUAGAUAUAUUCGAUAGGCCUAUAUUCUUAUACCCCAAUUUCCAAAGUGCUUUUUACUUCAUGCAGUACCUUUCAUACAUUCCAUUUGACACAUUAAGCACUUAUUGUUUGUUAUUUAUAAACAAUUAUAAUUAUUUAAAAGACCUUUUAUUACCCAAACUUGAUCGUAAUUGAGAACACGGACACAUUGGAAAUAUAAUUCUUUGGCAACCAGAUACAGCUAGAUAGCAAUACUGCUAGUACCAUCUGGAACUCAACUCUCUCUUUAACACUUUCUUGCGCUGAACCUUGAAUCCUCCGAGGCUGUCACAUUCAAUUGGAAACUUGUGAGGACAGAAAGGGCUUCCGAUACUCUCCAAUUAAUUUCAGAGGUAUCCAGCCUGCCUCUUAUUGCAUAGUUGGCAUUCCACUGACUUUAGUCAUAUACAGAGCAGCUAAUCAACUGUUAACGGCUUAUGAUUAUAGACAAUUUUCGACUUUGAAAAGGAUUUCACGUUCAAAAUGCCUUUUAUUGUUGUUGAGGAUGACUCGUUUUGUUGUUUCCCCUUUUUUUAAACAUAUUGCUUCAGAGCUUGUUAUGAAUACUCGGUAAUAUAUUAAUUCUUUCUGUCCAUGGCAUUGGAAGUAGAUGGCAAUGGUGCAGGUAUCUUCUCCCUGUCAGAUCAUUUAUCUAUCUCAAACUUGGUAUAUUCUCUUUUUUCUCCUCCCCCCCCCCCC